UGUGCAAAAUUGAGGAGCCCCAAAACCCCCCAUUUAUUUUAUUCUUUUAUUUUGGGAAGAAUAAAAAAGGGGGGCCAUUUAUUUUAGUGUAUUUUCUGGGGGUUUACAUACCGAAUUUCUCUUCUCUCUCCUCUUCUUCGCCAAUCAAAAUUUCAGGGUGUUGCUGGAUCUUCGAUCACUGUUGCAGUCCCAAAAAUUUGAAAAGAUUCUUUGGGGUUUAUUCUUGGUGGUUACUGUUGUGUUUAGUUGAUUGAAAUCCUUUGGUGCAAUUGAACAUGGCAUUGUUUUAGGUUCUUUUUGAUGGUUUUUGAUUGUUUUGCGGAUUGAUGCUACUUAAGUAUCAUUCCACGUUAAUCUGGCAUCAAUCAACUGGAGCCUGUUGAGGAUUUUGCAUAUUUUCCUCAUUUGAUUGCAUUAAUAUUCAAGAUUUUUAACCGGGAAGUUCUAGUUUUGGGUAUAUUUAUUACAAUGGAAUAGAGAGUCUUGAGUUUGGAAUUGAAAGUAAAUUCUCGGAGUUUGGUGAGGGAAUUAAUGUUGUACUCGGCAGGGAAGACACACUUUAUAUUGAUGAUCCGAACAUGUCUAAGAUUGGGUUUUGUGGUGCUAAGAAACUGAAUUCGAAAAUAGUGAUGAUCAGUUUUUUGAUUGGGGGGAAAGGAAAUGUUGGGAAUGAGAAGAAGCGCAGUAGACAAGAAAGGGUUGAGCUAGGAAAAUCGUUCCUAAGUGCUGUGAGUUCUCAUGAUUGGAAUCUGGCUGAAAGUUUGAUCUUAUUUGCAGACUUUGUGACAGUUAAUGAUUUUCUUUGCAUCUCAUUAGAUUCUUUAUGGUUUCUUACUACACAUGUGGAGUUACAUGGCAUAACGGGACUUGUAAAGAAGGUAAUCGAUAAUGGAGCGUAUGACUUCACAAGGGCAGCUCUUCUGAUAAUUUUAGCGUCUUGUGUCUCUGCAUGUCAGAGUCGAACUAUGGACCUAGCAGAUACAGUGACUGUCAUUGCUCAAAGGUUUCAUGAGCGACUUCAAGAAUGCAAUGGUGAUGAUGUCUUGAAGGCAGAGGCUGGUGCCAAAGUACCAAAUUUCACUGAAUGGGCUUUAAAAUGUAUUGGUUUUCAUUCAAGGUGUCAUAAGAACAAGAGGAAAAGGAAUCAUGACAUAGCUGCUGAGAUCCAGCUUCAGUUGUCUGCCUUUAAGUCGUUUCUUGAUCUUGCUGGAAGCAAGCUAACUGGGAAAGACUUUACUGAGGCUUUUGAUGCUGCUUGCUUCCCUCUUACUCUUUUUAGUAGUGCAUUUGAUCCGGGGUGGUCUUGUGGAGCAUCAGCCACUGCUAUUCAAGGGCUUCUUGGUAUGCUAGUUGAGGGUGGUGCUGAUAAUGUAAACCAGUGUUUUCUGGAAGCCUCUCGUUUUGGCAGCACUGAGUUGGUGCGCAUUUUGUUACAGAUUGUUCAGCAUAACAAUUUGGAGGUGGAUGUUGAUCUUGCCUUGGGUUUUGCUUCUCACUAUGGCAACCUAUGCACAAUGGAGUGUUUAGUAGAAGAAGGAUAUACUAUGGCGUUUUUAGGACCUCUAAUGAGAGCGGCCGAAAGAGGGUGCUUGCCAGUUGUCCAAUGGUUUGUUGGAAGAGGUUGUCAAGACAUGGAAAUUUGCCUCGCACUCACCGCUGCCACCUCAAGCAGCCAAGUCAAGGUUGCUGCUUACCUUCUACCCCAAGUACCACAGCACAUCCUUACUGCUCUCAGCAUCGAAAUUCUGAAGGCAGCCGGAGAAAGAAGUGGUGGAUCCCUUGAAGGGGUAGCUUUUCUUCUCUGAUCAGACUUUUUAGGAGAUCCAGCAGACACAUACGCUGUUGCUGAUAGCAUUGCACGAUCAGAUGACGAUUCAGUUGCUUCCGAGCUUCGUACCUUCCUCCAGGAGAAUUGGUCUGAGGAUGCAUUCACUGAAGGCUUGAUACAAGGCCAAGAACAUUUUAUUAACAUGAUUAGGAUUCUAAAUCGAGGAGAAUCUCCUCUCUGCCUUAGGGAUCUACCGUCACCCUUGAGGAUGGCAAUCGCCUACUUGCCGUUAUAUAGAGAGUGUAUAAAAGCAGGUGGGUGUUUGUUGUCUCAGAAACUAAGAGGUCAACUUGUAGAAGCCGUCAAAAGGCUUGGGGGUGGAUUUCUCAGAGCUGCAAGCCAAUGCCGAGAGCUUUUGGCCAUAUUAGAGCACCAUCUUCGACCAUUUUUUCCGGGCAUGUAUUCAACUGAAAAAGCAUAACAUAACCGAGAACAGAAGUUUACCGGUUAGUGAAUUUGUUUCUUUUUUUCUUCUUAACCUGUUCAGACAAUAGGAAAAUAAAAAUCAGAUUUUAGCAAGAAUUAUGAGGCUGCUAGUGAGUGCUGACAUAUGGAGGUAACUUGUAAUAAUAUCUAUCUUUGUUCAAUUCUGUUUGGUUUAUUAGUUGAGUUGACGAUAGAAACAUGUAGGGCCAUGUCCAUGAUGAGAUGUAUAAUGUAUGAUAGAAGAAAAAUCACGUUACAUGCUCAUGAUGUUGAAAUAGAUUGGAGGAAAUGGAUGUAUAUAUCGUGUAUAUUUAAGCUUA